AUGAAUCCUUUCACGCGGGUAACUGCAGCCUGGCAUCUGGUUGGCCUGGCAUCCGAGUUCCCAAGCAUUGAUGAUGAUGCCCGGAUUGUGCCAAGAUGCAAGGCUUUCAAGAUUCCCAAGACAAACGGCCCCAUGGAGCAAGUCGAAGACAUUGACCUACCAGGAGAGCUGAAGGACCAAGUCCUGGUGUUCAAAUACAGGGGCAAAUAUCAUGCUGUGGAUCAUCAAUGCCCCCACUCAUCAUUCCCGCUUUCACGGGGUAACCUCUUUGAUAUUGAGGACUUUGGAAUCAUACUCAGCGCCGGUCUCACAUGUCCCAAGCAUGGUUGGUCUUUUGAUAUAUUCUCUGGGCGCGCUGAUCGUGGCAACUACACACUCAAGGUGUGGGAGGUUCAGCUGCGCGAUUCAUCGGCACCUGGGAGUACGGACCAGGAGGUUUGGGUGAGGCGGAAACAAAGAAUUGGUUAA